UGCAUGCUAUGGUCACACACACAAAUACUCCUCUUCUCGCAGAAUCUUCACCCUUCUUUUGAUCAUCCAACAGGUCAUUAUGUGCACCAACGCCUCCGCUGACUGUCCCAGCAACAUCACCGGACUCACUGGCGUCUUCCCGGUGUGCGUGUACUCCUUCAUUUUCAUUGUGGGUCUCGUUUUUAAUGUCCUGGCAUUGGUCUUUUUCUGCUGUCAAACCAAAUCCAGAUCGCAAACCAUUGUCUACAUGACUAACCUGGCCGUAGCAGAUGUGCUGCUCACCCUCACACUGCCCACGAGGAUCUACUACCAUCUGGGCUAUGCUGUCCAUUAUCAGUGGCUGUGUGAAGUCCAUGGUUUGGUCCUGAAGGCCAACAUGUAUGGGAGCAUAUUCCUUCUCACGUGCAUAUGCUUUGACCGUUGCAUGGCCGUCUCCUUCCCUAUGUCAUCUCGUGUCCAGGCAGGGAGAAAGAAAGCGCCGCUGAUUUGUCUUGUAAUAUGGAUGCUCACCUUUGGGGCCAGCUUGCCCAUCUACCUUUUCCAGCUCAAGACAAGAAACACAAUCCCUAAAGAUUGUUUUGACAGCCCUCCGGUCUUUGCCACAAAACCAGUGGUGGUUAUACCCACUCUAUUUUUGGGGUUUAGCAUCCCACUAGUAAUCAUGCUUCUCUGUUCCUGGGGUUUGGUCCGUGCUGUCCGACAAAGCUCAGUGGCCCAGACCAACAUGGUGGACAGCAGAAAGAUCCAAAGGAUGAUUGCCACCAGCCUCUUGAUUUUCCUACUCAGCUUCCUCCCUUACCACGCUACACUGGUUCUCCUUUCUGUGUAUGCAGAAAAUCCACCGUACCCCAUGCAGGCUGCAUACCGCUACAGCCUAAUGUUGGCAAGUCUUAACUCAGUACUGGAUCCCAUUGCGUACUACUUCACUACGGACACUUUCAGGCAGAAAUUAAACAUAGGUGCUUUUUGGAGGAUGUUUCCUUUAAACAGUCAAAGUUCUGAUGUAAACAACAGGGGCAGAAUGCUUAACAGCUAAAAUCAGCAGACUUUUAGCUGUUAAGCAUUCUCCUUCUCAUCAGAACUUGAGAACCAGACUGUCAACAACACAAUUUGUUUUUUUUUGCGAUUAAAUCUGUAACUCUCCCUCAAAAGAACCAUUCCAUACUUCACUCCAGUCGGUGCCACCACAUAAAAAGGGCUGCCCUCUGGAGUGUCCACAAGCCAAAACAUUGAUUUACAAGCCCAACAACUAUGUACUUUUGUAUUUUAAUUUGGUUUGUUUUUGUACAAUUAGACAAGUAUUUUCUAUGGUAGUGUAGAUGCAUUUUUCAAGUCCAUGUGGAAAAGUGUUGCUUAGCCACUUAGCAAUGAGUGUUUUCUUUACUUCAAUGUCUUUCCCAAAUACAUUUGAUAUUAUAAAAUUAACAAUUUAAAUAUUAUAGUUGGCGCUAUAUGAUUAAUUAAAGGAUACACUAUUUCUGUUGCAAAGUGUAACACGGAAACUUAUGUAAAAAUGCUUUAUGUAAAAUGGUUUAUUCUUCUAUCGAGACAUAGAAGCAGCCGCUGCAGAAAGCUACAUCUAGGGGUUCAAGGGGUCUAGGGGUGUGUGUGAAAGCAGCACAGUUAGCCUGCUUUCAAUGUAGCGUGAAAGCCAUGAGGUCACACUGUUAGCAUGUUAACAAGCUAGCCAGAUAAACUGACACAGGUCUCAAAUUAUUAGCUACCAUGCCAUCAAUUGAACUAAGUCAGAGAUAAAGUAAGAAUGACUCUUAAAGGUGUAGGUCAACAUUUUAGAAAUAUGCUUAUUUGUUCAGAUAAGUCUGCGUGCGAAGCUGGAGUCAGAACAUUAGCCUAGCUUAGCGCAAAGACUGGAAG